GGAAAGUGGAUUCGAAACAUGCAACACAGUUUCAAGCAGAAGUUGAAAUCCUUGGAAAUAUUAAACACAAUAAUAUAGUGAAAUUGAUGGGCUAUAUGUCAAGUAAGUAUAUAAAGCUUCUUGUUUACGAGUACAUGGAUAAUGGUAGUUUGGAUCAAUGGUUACAUCAUAGGAAUAUUGGGAGAACUUUGGAUUGGCAGAAGAGGUUAGAUAUUGCGGUACGAGUUGCUCAAGGGCUUUCUUAUAUUCAUCAUAAUUGUUCUUCACCGAUUAUUCACAGGGAUGUUAAGUCGAGUAACAUCUUAUUAGAUUCUGAGUUUAAAGCAAAAGUUGCAGAUUUUGGGUUAGCUAAAAUAGUUCAGGCAGGAGAACCAUUUUCAGCAUCCAUUGUUGCAGGAACUUUCGGAUACAUUGCUCCAGAGUAUGGUCGGACACUCAAAGUAAACGAAAAGGUCGAUGUUUAUAGCUUCGGGGUGGUACUCUUGGAACUUGUUACUGGACGAAAAGCGAGCAGAGGAGAUGAAGAUAGAAGCUGUGCUGAAUGGGCAGCAGACCGAUCUCUUGAAACAUCUUUGGAUGUUUUGCUUGAUGAAGAAGUGAAAGAAGGUUGGAAAAUGGCGGAAAUGACGAGUGUAUUCAGACUAGGGUUGAUGUGUACAAGUACAUCACCUUCCAAUAGGCCUACCAUGUCAGAAGCACUGCAAUAUCUAGUCAGGCAUUGUUCUUCCCAAGAAGUACACGAGAAGAAAGCCUUGGUUGCAGCUGAAAAUGUUGCUCCUCUUCUUCUUAGUACUAAUUUGGGGUGAAGGUUCAGAAUAAAAAACUCACUUUAGUAAUAUAUAUCUCUAGUAUUUGAUUUAUGGCAUGAUUGAGUGAUAAUUUUUUCUUUUCCAGCAAUAUUGGUGCAUAAAUGGUGUCCAGAAUCGGAAAUCUGAAGAAAUUGGUACGUUUAACUACACAAGGAGUUGCUUUAAUAUGGUAUCUGGCACUUUGGGAAUUUGGACAAACUUUCAUUUGGAAGAAGGGGUUUUAUCUAAUUUCUAUAGUUUACAUUCCUGGAUGGGUUUGAUCUGUAUCUCCUUGUUUACUGCUCAGGUAAGCAUUCUCACUUGUCUGGUAUUACAGCUUAAAAUUCAGACCACACCCCAUUUAGAUUAUAUCUUAAGCAUUUUUUUUCUACUUGGAAUAUACUCGAAAAAUGGUGGUUUAUUAAUUGGGUAGCUAAUUGGGAGUAUAAUGGGGAAUCUAGUAAUCUUAAUUAUGAAAUGUUUACAUCAGACUGGGUCUGUUGUUGCUUUACUGGCGCAAUCCCCACUUGCAUUUCAAGUUUUAUGGUUUACUUGGCGUAAUUGAAUGCUAGCAUAAUAUGAAAA